AGAUCCAUUAAUAAAUUUAAAAAAACACAAACACAAGAAAAGAUUCAAACACCCGUAGCCACAAAAUGCUAUCACGGAAACCAACACACAUUUUGGUCGUCGGAGUGGUUUUAUGCCUGCUUGCGUCAGUGGCAACGGCAGCCCGUCGAUCGCGAAUAGAUGUUCCCCCAGCUCAGGCUCAGGCACAGGCUCAAGCUCAAGCAGCAGCCAUCUCAUCAGAAUUUACAAAUUCAGAUGAUGCUCCAACAAAUGACAACAUUGCCACUGCAACGAGUGAUGAACAAGUCCAAGUAGCCGUGCCCGCACCAGGUAGUGAUGGCGGUCUUGUUGUUGCACCAGCACAAGCAGCACCGACACCGCUUCAACAGUCAUCGUCAUCGUCAUCAACGGACGAUCAAUCAUCAUCCUUGUCCGCCGCAGCGUCGCAACCAGCCCAAGAGACAACAAAAGCCCAAGAGGCUGCCGCUGCUGCAGCAGCAGCAAUAGUACCUCCUUCUUCCGAUAAAGUGGAGGAGAAAGAAGUGGCUCAAGUUGCAGCAGACGCUACGCUACCGGAAGAUCAAUUACCAAAGGCCGAUGGCAGCAACAACAAUGGCGAGGACAAUGACAUCCAAAAUGCUAAUGGACCCGGCGUCGAAGAAUGUGAUUCCGACAUGAUUGGCUUUGAGAUUAUUACCGGAUAUGUAUUCUCAGCGCCAGGUAAAUUGUUGGAUUCACUACCUGGAACACUUAUGUUAACUGAUUGCUUGGAGGCGUGUCAGAGCAAUGAAACAUGUCAUGCUGUUAAUUACGAAACAGGACUUUGUGUGCUCUUCUCGUCGAAUGCUGAUAAAUUGCCAGGUGCUCUUACAAAAUCUCAAUUCCCGGUCUUCACAAUUUAUGCACAGAAAACAUGUUUGGGUGUUCGUCCAUGUGCUCGGGCAUGGUGCGUGGAUCGCGUUCAAGGAUACAAAUUGAAGGGACAGAGCAAACGUUCGAUGACAGUCAACUCAAGGCGCGAUUGUUUGGAAUUGUGCUUGGGCGAAACAGAAUUCACAUGCAGAUCAGCUAACUACUAUCGUUCGACAAAUGUCUGCGAGCUCUCUGAAAUGGAUCGAAUCACUUUGGCCGGAUCAAGUGCAUUCCAACCUUACGAGGGUAUCGAUUAUCUGGAAAACAACUGCGCCGAAGAACCAAAUAAGUUGUGCGAGUUCAAGCGAUUGUCGGGCAGAAUAUUGAAGACCGUCGAUUCGGUGUACCAGGAUGUUGGAAGCAUUGAUGAAUGCCGUGAUUUGUGCCUUAACUCACCGUACAGAUGCCAUUCAUACGACUUUGGUGACACCGGCGAUAUGGUGUGCCGUCUGAGCCAUCAUUCACGCGCCACUCUAUCCGACGUACAGGAACCCUACUUGGAAGUACCCGAAGCAGCUACCUAUGAACUAUCAUCUUGCUACAAUGUUACAAUUGAAUGCGGCGCUGGCGAUAUGAUUGCCCGCAUUCGCACGUCCAAAUUGUUUGACGGUAAAGUUUAUGCCAAGGGCUCACCCAAGUCAUGCUCCGUUGAUGUCAAGACCUCGCUCGACUUUGAACUCCGCAUGGGCUACAACGAUCUCGAGUGCAAUGUCCGCCAAAGUGGUUCGGGACGCUAUAUGAACGAUGUUGUAAUUCAACACCACGACACUAUUGUGACUUCGUCUGAUUUGGGCUUAGCCGUGACUUGUCAAUACGACCUGACCAAUAAGUCUGUUUCGAAUGAAGUUGAUUUGGGUGUUAAGGGCGACAUCGAACCAGCACUAUCCGAAGAAGUUAUUGUCGACUCACCCAAUGUUAUCAUGAAGAUCACAUCUCGUGACGGUAGUGACGUUAUGCGAUCAGCCGAAGUCGGUGAUCCCUUGGCAUUGAAAUUUGAAAUUCUCGAUGAACAGAGUCCCUAUGAGAUCUUCGUUCGGGAACUAGUCGCCAUGGAUGGCAGUGAUAAUGCCGAGAUCACCCUUAUCGAUUCGAAUGGCUGCCCUACUGAUCACUUUAUCAUGGGACCGAUCUAUAAGGGCUCGAUUACUGGCAAGAUGCUUUUGUCACACUUCGAUGCAUUCAAGUUCCCAUCGUCUGAGGUUGUGCAAUUCCGUGCUUUGGUCACUCCGUGUAUGCCAUCGUGUGAGCCAGUGCAGUGUGACCAGGAGGAUGCCGGAGGCGAGUUCAAGUCACUCCUAUCGCUUGGACGUAGAAGGCGAUCACUUAAUUCUACAGUUUUAUACAGUGAAAGAAGGUCACGUCGCGAAGCGGUCACUAGCAAACAACCAAGCCAAGAGGAUAUGAUGUUGGUGCAGUCAAUUCAGAUCACUGACAAAUUCGGAUUCGAUAAGCAACAACUGACGAAAUCCACCGGAUACGAUGGUAGCGAAACAGUCUUCAUAUCUGGAGAUGCCUCACAAGGAUUCUGUGUUAAUGCAAUUGGACUUAUUGUUGCCGGAACAGUAUUCCUGCUCGCCCAAUUAGCAGUUAUUUCCAUCUGGACCUACUUGUACCAGCGACGCAGAAAACAACAUGGCUACGCCAACGAAGGCGUCAGUACUUCAUCCUCAUCGUAUGGCUCAUCGCCUUCAACAAUUGUCACAUCAGCUCCAAAUGCUACACUUAAUAGCAAUCGUUCCGAGUCGCUAUGUAAAUUAUACGAUAGCGGUUUUGCCGGACGGCAUGGUCGUCAAUUUUAGGAAAACAACACCAUUCAAAUUUAACAUCACAAAAUUCAAGUUUUUUAAUUCCAAACAAACUCAGUGAAAAUAAGAAUCUCCCUUUUUUUCAAAAAUAGGGUUCUCCAUAAAACAAACACAAAAAUCAUUGAAAUCAGUUUUUGAAAAUUUCGCUUCUCACUGGCACAAAAUUCUAUUCACUUACGAGCCAUCAAUCAAAAUAAUAAUUAUAUUAAAUAUUUUCCUGCCAAGUUAUGCAUUUAAUUUAAAUAUUUUAAAUAAUUUGCUAUCUUUAUUAUUUUUAAUUUUUCAAAUAGUUGUAAAGAAAAAGAAAAUUUUCAAAAACAAAAAACAAUCAAUUGCUGAAAUUUGCCAAUAAGUGUGUAAUAUCAAACAAAUCAAUCGACUUAAAAAGUAUUGAGAAAUCAUGGUGCCGGAAUCUUAGCAAGGGCAAUAUUAAUUUUAAAAAUAUAUACAAUUUAAUUAAAUAUAUAUUUUUUAAAUCAAUAUCACAAAAUAAAAGCCACAACAAAAACAAAAAAUAAUUCAUAUUCUUAAACAGAGAAUAUGCGAUAAUAGGAAAUAAUUAAUAAUAUUUAAGGAAAAAAGUCUAACUUAUGAUUUAAGUUAAAAAAUAAUUGAGCAAAAAAAUGUAAUUUAUUUGAAGAAACAACAAAAUAUAACAAAAAUGGAAAAUAGGAACAAAUUAUUGAAAAAAAAAACAAAAACAAAUAAAUUUAUUUAUUUGGAAAAAAGGAUGACUGAUGUAAGAGAACAAAUAAUUAAAAAUAUUAAAUCUUGAAAGAGAUUUUUUAUUUUUAAAUUUGAAUCUUUAAGAUAUUAAUUAAUGUAUUGUAUAGCUAAUUAUUUAUUUCCUUUCAUUUCACAACAAAAUAGUAGAAAACAAAAAUAAUUAUUAUUUUCAAGUUUAAUUUUUUUAUUAUCUACCGUCACAAAAACUUAACUAAUAGAUUAAACUUUACAACUUUAAAAUAACGCAAAGAAAAAAUUAUGACAAUAAUUGAAAAAGGAA